UGCCACCCGCCAUGAUUCAUAGAAGAAAGUUACUCAGCCAAAUGUGCCGAAAACUGGAUAACCUUUUAUGAACUGCCUUGUUAAAUUGUAAUUAUGUUCGGAUGUGUGGUCGCUGGUAGACUGGUCCAAACAGAUGCAUUACAAGUUGCCAAUGACAAAUUUGUCUUCAACCUGCCGGAUUAUGAGAAUGUAAACCAUGUGGUGGUCUUCAUGCUUGGAACAGUGCCUUUUCCAGUAGGCAUGGGUGGUGCUGUUUACUUUUCCUUCCCUGACCAAGUUGGUGGUCAAGUUUGGCAACUUCUAGGUUUUAUUACUAAUGAUAAACCUAGUGCUAUUUUUAAAAUAGCUAGCUUAAAAGCAGGUGAGGGUGGUAAACAUCCUUUUGGAAUGAUGGCAGCACCUCAAGCGGUCUCAGUGGCACAAGUAGGUGUGUCUAUUGAGCCUCUGGAUCAGCUUAGUCAGCAGACGCCAGUUUCAAGUGCUACUGUUUCAUCUGUUGACUCAUUUACACAGUUCACUCAAAAGAUGUUGGACAAUUUGUAUAAUUUCACCUUGUCGUUCGCGGUGACACAGUCACAGAUGACAUCAAAUCCAUCAGAGGUGUUUAUCCCUGCCAGUUCUAUCCUGAAAUGGUAUGAGAACUUUCAAAGACGCAUGGCCCAUAACCCACAUUUUUGGAAGGCGUGAAUCAUCAGUAUUGAAAGAAGUGAUUGACAAGAUACAUUCGAGACCAAACACUUGAAAUCUUAAAAUAUUCUGCAAAUGUCAUGUGUUUCAGCUGCAGCAUAUACAGUAGGCAGUAUUGAUUUUAGUGAUGUGUGACAUCUUGUCAGUUCAAAUUCUGAAAUAAAAAAAGAAGAUUUAAUUACUUAAAUGGUGCGUAGAGGUUAAUUCACAAUUUGACAUCUUAAACAAAUGUACUCCAUAUUCGUUUUUAAGUCAUUAUAAUGAUGCUACUCAACUUUCAAUUACAAUGUAGAAUACUUUGUUGUUUGUUUUUUAUUGGGGUGAGCUUGCCUUUCGGGGAGCACAAACCGUUGUUAUCUGACAUAUAUAUUUAUUAUUAUUGUUUAUUUUCGCGCCCCUAAGGCUCAGUCAGUAUUUGGACUA